GGUAAACCGUACGUCUUUGACAGAGCUUUUCCAAGCAACAGCACACAAGACCAAGUCUACAACGCGUGUGCCAGGCAGAUCGUCCGCGACGUCCUGGGGGGCUACAACGGAACCAUCUUCGCUUACGGCCAGACGUCCUCUGGGAAGACCCACACGAUGGAGGGGGUCCUCCAUGACACCCACCUGAUGGGGAUCAUUCCCAGAAUUGCACAUGACAUCUUCAACCACAUUUACUCCAUGGACGAGAACCUGGAGUUCCACAUCAAGGUCUCCUAUUUCGAAAUCUACAUGGAUAAAAUCCGAGAUCUCUUGGACGUCGCCAAGACGAACCUUUCCGUUCAUGAGGACAAGAACAGGGUCCCUUUUGUCAAGGGCUGCACCGAACGGUUUGUCUCCAGUCCGGAGGAAGUGAUGGACGUGAUUGACGAGGGGAAAUGUAACCGUCACGUCGCUGUGACAAACAUGAACGAACACAGCUCCCGCAGUCACAGUAUCUUCCUGAUUAACAUUAAACAGGAGAACGUGGAGACUGAACAGAAACUCAGCGGCAAACUCUACCUGGUGGAUCUUGCUGGAAGUGAGAAGGUCAGCAAGACGGGAGCUGAAGGGGCUGUGCUAGACGAGGCGAAGAACAUCAACAAGUCUCUCUCCGCCCUGGGGAAUGUCAUCUCCGCCCUGGCUGAGGGAACGAAAACCCACGUUCCCUAUCGAGACAGCAAGAUGACCCGAAUUCUCCAGGACUCUCUGGGUGGGAACUGCAGGACCACGAUCGUCAUCUGCUGCUCACCGUCCAGUUUCAAUGAUGCAGAGACCAAAUCCACCCUCAUGUUUGGCCAAAGGGCAAAGACCAUCAGGAACACGGUGUCGGUGAAUCUGGAGCUGACCGCUGAGGAAUGGAAGAAAAAGUACGAGAAGGAGAAGGAAAGGAACAGGAUUCACCGGGAGACCAUCCACCAACUGGAGACAGAACUGAACCGAUGGAGGAACGGAGAGAACGUUCCGGAGAGCGAGCGGCUGCCCGGGGAGGAAGAGGACGAAGGGGAGGGGGAAGGCACCCGCGAGACACCAAUGGUCACGGACAAUUCGUCCAUCGUCAUCCACAUCUCCGACGAGGAGAGGCAGAAGUACGAGGAGGAGAUUCGCAAACUCUACAAGCACCUGGACGAUAAGGACGAUGACAUUAACCUCCACAGCCGGAUCGUGGAUAAGCUGAAAUGUCAAAUGUUGGACCAAGAUGAGCUCCUGGCCUCCACGCGGAGUGACAACGAGAGAUUCCGAGAGGAGCUGAGCCGACUGCAGAUGGAGAACGAGAGUGCCAAGGACGAGGUGAAAGAGGUGCUGCAGGCGCUAGAGGAACUCGCUGUCAACUACGACCAGAAGUCACAGGAGGUCGAGGAGAUGAGCAAACAGAACAGAUUGCUGACCGACGAACUGGCCAAGAAAAUGACCACCCUGAUCACCCUGGAAGCUGAACUCCAUCACGCCCAGGAGAGGGGUCACUAUCAGAAGAAGAGGAUCACUGAGGUAUUGAACACCCUCCUCAAGGACCUGAGCGACUUCAACAACAUCAUCGGAAACGGGGACUGGAAACCAGUGGAGUUGAACGGUGCUCUGGAAGAGGAGUUCACGCUGGCACGGCUGUACAUCAGUAAGAUGAAGUCGGAGGUGAAGACACUGAUGAAGAGAUGCCGCCAGCUGGAGGAUAUACAGAGGGAGAGUAACCGCAAGAUGGAGGAGAACAGCCGAGAGCUCACCUCCUGUCAGCUCCUCAUCACACAGCACGAGGCGAAGAUCCGCUCGCUGACCGACUGUCUCCAGGAGCUGGAGGGUCGCAAGAGGGAACUGGAGGAGGCGUCCGAUGUCCUGACCGAAGAUAUCGCCCGACUCCGCGCUCAGGGGACGGUGAGUGGAUUUACUGUGAGGGAUAAGGGGCUGGUGGACGAUGCGGAUGAAAGUGACGAUGUGAAGAAGAUUCUGGAACAGCAGAUGGAGAGUCACCGCGAUGGACACCAGAAACAGCUGGCCUACCUGAGGGAUGACAUCGAAGCAAAGCAGAGGACCAUUGAUGAACUGAAGGAUUUGAACCGUAAACUGAGGCUGGAGUUGGAGAGACUGAGGGCCGACUACGAGAAGCUGAAGAAAGAGCAGACGCAGAAGUGCCAGCAGCUACAGGAGCUGACAUUUCUUCACGAUCGACAGGAACAAUCCAAACAAGAUCUUCAAGGUCUGGAGGAGACUGUGGCGCGAGAACUCCAGACUCUACACAACCUACGCAAACUUUUUGUUCAGGACCUCACGACCAGGGUCAGAAAAAGCGCAGAGACAGAACCCGACGACGGUGGGGGGAGUGUCUCUCAGAAACAGAAGAUCUCGUUUCUUGAAAAUAACCUGGAUCAGCUUAGUAAGGUUCACAAACAG